CGGGUCUAGGGUGUUGGAAGUGGCAAAUUCAAACUGAACAUGGCGGCUGAGAGAGAUAAAGAAGAAAACAAACAGAGAAGAAGAGGAACAGUAUGUAACAUACUCAUAAGCCAGGAGAUGCCUCAAAGCCAGCCAGUUAUUUUCAACCCUGAUUUCUAUGUGGAGAAGCUGAGGCAUGAGAAGCCGCAGGUUUUCACCGAGCUGCUGCUGAGUAACAUAAGCAGGCUCAUUGAUUUACCUGGAGCAGAAUUUGCACAGCUCCAGGGAGAGGCAGAACUCAAGCUUCCUACUUCCACAGGCUUCCUGCGCCUACCCAACUUCCUGAAGCGUAAAGAGAAAGGAGUAAUAUUUGGAGCACCUUUAACAGAGGAAGGCAUUGCCCAAAUUUACCAGCUCAUAGAGUACCUUGGAAAAAACCUACAUGUGGAGGGCCUGUUCCGUGUGCCGGGGAACAGCAUCAGACAGCAGGCGCUAAGGGAGCUGCUCAACAGUGGUGCAGAUGUCGACCUGGACACAGGGGAUUACCACCCACAUGACGCGGCCACACUCCUAAAAGCUUUCCUGGGGGAGCUGCCCGAGCCGCUGUUGACUCAUCGCCAUUAUCAUGCACACCUCAAAAUAGCCGAAAUCACAUUGUUUGAUGAGAAAGGUAACAAAACGUCUGUGCCGAACAAAGAACGUCAGCUAGAAGCGCUGCAGCUUCUCUUCAUGCUGUUGCCUCCAGCCAACCGCAGCCUUCUCAAACUCUUGUUGGACCUGCUCUAUCAGACCGCCAAGCAGCAAGAAAAAAACAAAAUGUCUGCCUUCAACCUGGCACUCAUGUUCGCACCGCAUAUCAUAUGGCCCAAAAAUGUGACUGCAAAUGACCUGCAAGACAACAUGAAUAAGCUGAACAACGGCAUUGCGUUCCUUAUCAAGCACUCCCAGAAGUUGUUUCGGGCACCAGCAUAUAUCAAAGACCAUGCACGCACGCUCUUUCCCGGCCCAGAAACUCCUCAAUCAAAGGACGACUUGGAGCUGUGUGCUGGAGCCGGUGUUCGAGGCCUUCCCUCUAAAAGGAGCAGUGAGGAAGACUGUAGCGGGUGCCAGCAACACACACAGGAGGCUCUGCGUGAUCUUUUUCAGCAUGUCAGCAACAUGCCUGAAUCUACCAAGAAGAAGAAACUUAUUCGACAGUUCAACAAGCAGGGUACUCCAGUGCGUGAAAGCCCAAGACCUUCUAAUCCAAAGCAUGGUCGCUCCCGGUCAUUUGGAGGCCUCAUCAAGAGAAAAGUUUUGGGGAAUCAAGUUACAAAUGAAAGAGCUGCAUCUGGUAUGAGCCAAACCAAAGACUUGAACAAGGAAAACGGUCCUACAUCUGUCAAAAGAACUCCUCUGCCUACAGCACAGCACUCUAGUUUAAGCCUGUAAAUUUUUAUUUUGUAAAUUAAUUUUAGAUCGGGUAGGGUAGUAUUUAUUUGGCUCAAUUAACCAAUCUGACCUCCUACUUGUUGACUAUGCAAACAAGAUGAAUUUCCAAGCUGAUAACAUAAUUACAUGUUAUUUUUUUCUUUUUUUUAUCAUUAUUAUUUAAUUUUACCAGUUGCAAUUGUAAUCUGUUUAUGAAAGAUAUAUAAAAAAGGUCAAAAGAAAAAUAUUAAAAAUUGUCUCAAGUGUUAAGCAUCUACUUAGAAAAGUUAGAAAUGGAAUAUGAAUUUUGAAAAGGUCAAGCAGGAGGUUGAAGGUUUUUUUUUUUUUUUUUUUUUUUUUUGAACUUGGGAGUUGGGAGAUAUCCAGAGAUUCCGAGUUUUAUAUGCAGGUAUGUGAAUCUGACGGCCAGUGUAUCCUAAAACAUCAUUGUAACAUAUUAUAUAAUGGUUGCGUGCUAUUUUGAUGUACCGCUUGGUAUGGAUAUAAGGAGUUUGAGAUGUAAUUGUGGUCUUAUUUCAAAUCUUGCUGGCUACACAUCUAGUCACUGUUACUUAGAGUUGUUACACUGAACUGUUUGAUAUGUGAGGAUUUUUAAGGUUUAAUGUUGAAAAUUGUACUUUUGGGGGUAAAAGGGAGAUGAAUGAUGGUUGUUGCUGUAUGUCUGUGAUCAGAAUGUGUCCUAGUUUACACUUAAAAUUCAACAAGAUAUUCAACUUGUUUAGAGCCAUGUUAAGUCCCCACCAUUGGAUUUUAAUUUCUUUUCAUGCUGUGAUUGAUGUAUGCGCCAUCACUCUGAAGCACACUGCACAUAAAUUAUCCCAAGCUCAGGACAACCAUUUACAAAAGAGUUGAUUUAAAAUCACCCUUGAUUUAUCAUUGUGCUCAAUGUAGACUUAAACUGACUCUUUAAUUGGGAUCUUUUUUUCUUCUUCUUUUUUUUUUUAACGCAAUAGCAUUUUGGUUUGAACCUUUUUUUAAAUAGGCAUUUUUAAACCAACUUUUAAAAUGUGAAUAAGCUUGAGCCUUUUUUAUUGUUAUUAUUUAGACUAUUAUUUCAAAUGUGUAUUGACAGUCUUGUGUUGUAAACUCUGCUUUUAUUUCUUAAACUACUGCCUAUUUUUUUUCUUUAAGGAGUUAACCACUUAUUAAUUUGAUCAAUUUUUAAAUUAUUUCUUUUAAUUAUUUUACAUGUGAAAGUGUGCUUUGUUUCAUUUUUUCAUCUCUAUAUAUCUGUGCCUUUUUUCAGUUGUACUCUUUUUUUAAUGUUACAAUGCAUUAUUCACAUCUUACCUCCAUCUUAACCAGUCAUUAAAGCUAGUAUAAGAUUUCAGCUUAAAUAUGUGAAUUAAUGUUGAUUUAAAGUCAUAGCUGUAUUGUACAUUGUGAGUCUUCGGCUUUUGACAUUAAAUCAAGAGUAUUCAAA